UUGUACCUACCGUUCUCACCAUCUUUGCGUUCACAAACUUUCUCUCCCCUUAUACUUCACUUUCCUUCUCCCAACACUCUCCAGCUCCAGCAUACGCACACUCCCGGUUUGAAUUUUUUGUUGUUCCCUAACCUUUUGGAGCACCAAAGCUAUACGUGACCUUGCGCUACACCAAUAUACUCCCCGGGGGUGCAUGGUUGCUUGAGUGCGCGGUGUCCAGAUUUUAGCCUGCAGGUGUAUCGUUCUUUUGGUGCGCGCUUCACACCAAAUUCCCGCAUGUUUUAUUUUAUUUGAUUUUUUAAUUUUUUAUUCCAAAAGAAAAAUGUGUUUGUGUUUGUGUUUGUAUAUGUGUUUACGGUAUUAUUUUAAUAAUAAUAAUAAUCAUAAUAAAUAAAUAAAAAAUUAACAAACAGCUCCAAAAACAAAAUUUUUUAAAAUUAUUUUUAAAUUUUGAUAUUACAUCAAAACAUUCCUUCAAAUUAAAAACCAAAAAGACGUUAAAAAACCAAAACAUUAUUGGCACAGCCAACUCGAUUGAAGCUUUCUCAAUAAUUUUUAUCCAUUAUUGAUUUAUUGUAAUGCUAUUCUGCUGUACGUGUCUUUUUACCCUCGAUGUAAAAUUCAAAUGCACCUGUUUCUAUUUCUGAUAUAUGUUGUAAACAAACAAACAGAUAUGUAAGUAAUUGCACCCUUUGUCAUAUCUUUUACUAAAAAGCCAUUCCCAUAAAUAAAUAAAUAAUUAUUGCUCCAAACAUUUUUGUCAUGUGUUGUCAUAUCAGUGUUAAAGUAGCUGGUAACGAUAAUUGCCUUCCACUCCUUUCUAAUAUUUCUCGGUUACUCAAAACACUUGUUCAUUCUACCCUUUCAAGUUUCAACUACGAUCCCUUGAGAGCGCUUCAGUUUUGAGCAUUCCUUCACUCACCAUCAGGAUCGAUGUCCGAACACCUUCUCAUGGGCCCUGCCCAGCAAAUCAUUGACAAUUUGGGCUCACUGGCUACCAAUGAUAUCGCAUUACUUUGGCGUCUCGGAGAUGAGCUUCAAAGCCUGACCGUCGCCGUUUCAACAAUCAAAGCUGUGCUUCUCGAUGCGGAGGAGAAAAACGCUGCUGGGAACCAUCAAGUCAGAGACUGGCUCAGAAGGCUAGAAGAUGCCAUGUAUGAUGCGGAUGACUUGCUGGAUACUGUUUCCACUGACGCUCUACAAAAGGAAAUAUUGACUCGUGAUAAGACGGCCAGACAGGUAAGCAUUUUAUUCGACAAAUUUAACCAGCUUGUCUAUCGUGGUAAAAUGGCCCGUAAGAUUAAGGCCAUGAGAGAGAGGUUAGAUUCCAUCUACGCCGAGGGGGACAGAUUGCACUUGGAGGUACGCCCUGUGGAGACACGUGUCGGGGGAAACAGGGGUAACACUCAUUCUGUUGUCUGUGCGGAAGAAGUUAUUGGUCGAGACGAUGAUAAGAAGGAUGUUAUCCACCUUCUGCUGGACUCCAACGUUGAAGACAAUGUUUCAAUCCUUCCAAUUGUUGCCAUCGGUGGAUUAGGAAAGACUACACUCGCACAACUCAUUUUCAACGAUGACCAAAUCCAAAACCAUUUUCAGCUCCAAAUGUGGGUGUGUGUCUCUGAUCCCUUCCAUGUUAAAAAUAUUGUUGAAAAAAUCUUAGAAGCUGCAACAGAGCAGAAACCAGAACCCGCUGAAAUGAAUACGUUGGUAGUUAAACUUAAAAAAGAAAUUGAUGGAAAGAAAUACUUGCUCGUGUUGGAUGACGUGUGGAAUGAUGAUCGUGAAAAAUGGUCUGAAUUGAAAAAAGUGCUAAUGGGUGGUGCAAGAGGCAGUAGAAUAUUGGUGACUACACGCAGUGAAAAGGUUGCAAGGAUUAGCGGGACAGUUGAACCAUAUUUCUUGGAAGGUUUAGAGGAAGACGCGUCAUGGUCUUUAUUGAAGCAAUUGGCAUUUGAGAAAGGAAAAGAGCCGGAGGACAAUUCAAGCAUCGCAACAGUUGGGAGGGAGAUACUAAAAAAGUGUUCUGGUGUCCCACUGGCCAUAAGGACAAUUGGAAGUGUAUUACGCUUCAAAAUUUCAGAAGGAGAGUGGUCAUCUUUUAAGGAGAAUGAACUCUCACAAAUACGUCAGAAUGAAAAUGACAUCUUACCAACUCUGAAGCUGAGUUAUUAUCACCUUCCUUCACAUUUGAAGCACUGCUUUGCUUACUGCAGUUUGUUUCCAAAAGGUUACGAGUUUGAUAAAUCAAGACUGAUUCAGCUCUGGAUGGCACAAGGGUUUGUCAAGUCUUGUGAUGAUCAAAACCGAUGUUUGGAAGAGGUUGGCAAUGACUAUUUUAUGGAUUUACUAUGGAGAUCAUUCUUUCAAGAAGCUGAAAAGGAUAGGUUUGAUAAUGUAAUUAGAUGCAAAAUGCAUGACCUGAUGCAUGAUCUUGCCAUAUUAGUGGCAGGAUCGUUGAUCACCACCUUAAAUGAUAAGAAGACAAACUUUCAUGAGAAAACUCGGCAUGUAUCAGUUGUUGAAUACUACAGUGUCGAUGCUUCAUCAAUUACAACUUCAUUGUGUAAAGCAAGUAGCAUACGAACAUUUCUUUGUAAUCCCACUUCCGUCAACUUUUUAGAUUGUGAAGAAAUUUUUUCAAAUUCCAAGUUCUUGCGCGUGUUGGACCUGCACGGGAGAAAUCUUAAACUUCUGCCAAGCUCUAUUGGGAAGUUGAAGCAUUUAAGAUAUCUUGAUCUUUCUUCAAACAACAAUCUUAAGGAGCUACCCAAUUCUAUAACUAGGUUGCAGAAUUUGCAGACACUAAAACUCUCAUUUUGUUAUCAUCUAGAAGAAUUGCCAAGCUCUAUUGUGGAGUUGAAACAUUUAAGAUAUCUUGAUCUUACUCGGAACGAGAAUCUCAAGAAGUUACCCAAUUCUGUAUGUAUGUUGCAAAAUUUGCGGAAGCUAACACUCUCAUAUUGUUCAAUGCUUGAAGAAUUGCCGAAAGACAUGAAAGAAUUAGUCAAUCUCAGACAUCUUGAGAUAAAUGGAUGUCAUCGGUUGCCUUAUAUGCCACGCGGAUUGGGGCUACUUACUAAUCUCCAGACGUUAUCAAACUUUGUGGUCCACAAGGAUCCUCUCUCUCAGCAUAGCAGUGGGUUAAAAGAACUAGAGGGACUAAAUAACCUAAGAGGAUACUUAUCUAUUAACAAUCUGAGACAUGGAAAAGAUGUUGCCUCAGAAUGUAAGGAAGCAAAUUUAAAAGAGAAAAAACAUCUUCAUGGUUUGUCUUUACGGUGGAGUUAUUGGAGUACUGAAGGAGGUGUCAAUGCUUCAGACGUUAAUGUUGAUGAUGGGAUGUUAUUGGAAGUCCUCCAACCGCAUCCACAUCUGAAAGAGCUUUGUUUAGAAGGCAAUUGGGGUUCAAGGCUUUCAAGUUGGCUUUCGUCACUCACAAAUCUUGUUACAUUGCGGUUAUUUGAGUGUAUGAAAUGCCAAUACCUGCCACCAUUGAGUCAACUGCCUUCUCUCAAAGAUCUUGUGUUUCACGUAAUGAAUGCUAUGGAGUACAUAUCUGACAGUGGUGACAGCAAUGAAUUCUCUUCUUUUUUCCCAUCUCUCAAGAGUAUCGAACUCUCUUUUUGCCACAAUCUCAAGGGGUGGUGGAGGAGGAGGGAUUCUUCUGUGCAGGUCAAUAGUGAUAGUCAUAAUUCCAUUGAAAAUACAGAGCAUCCUUUACUCCCUUCCUUUCCUUGUCUCUCAAAAUUACGAAUCUCGUAUUGCCCUAUGUUGACUUCCAUGCCAACGUUUCCGCAUCUUGAAGAAAAGUUGUUCUUUUGCAAUGCUAGCUGGAAGCCACUGCAACAGACAAUGAUGAUGAAAAUGGGAGCACCGCAAAGCCCAACAUCAACAGCAAUAUCCUCCUCUUCAUCCACUCCUCUCUCAAAAUUGAGGUCUAUAAGUCUGGAUUCCAUUGAGGAUCUAGAAACGCUGCCAGAGGAGUGGUUAAAGAACCUCACUUCUCUCAAGUUUUUAACAAUACGGGGAUGCAAUAGAUUAAAUUCCCUCUCCCCAGGUAUACAACAUCUCGCUGCCCUUCAAUACUUGGAACUUCAUGAUUGUCUUGAGCUUGAGCUAGCCAAUGUUGAGGAUGAGAUGCAAUGGCAAGGUCUUAAGAGCCUCCUCUCUUUGAUUUUUUCACGUCUUCCGAAAUUGGUGUUUCUCCCGUUGGGGCUUCAACAUGGGACCACUCUACAAAAGCUCCUGAUUUCAGAUUGUGAAAACUUGACGGCUAUACCAGAAUGGAUCCACAACUGCACAUCACUUCAUGUGCUUGAAAUUGAUGGAUGCUCCAGUUUGACAUCACUGCCCGAAGGAAUGCGUAGCCUAACGUCUUUGCAGAGGCUGAAAAUUAAAAACUGUCCCAUCUUAUUGCAAAGAUGCAAGAGAGAAGCGGGUGAGGAUUGGAGCAAGAUUGCUCACAUCCAAGAGUUGAAAUUACAGCAUUUGAAUUCAGGUACAUAAGAAACAGAGGAUUUGGAUUCAGAUUUAGAAGUAGCAGAACCAGCUAAAGCAAAGAAGAAACAGAGGAUUUGGGGCAUAUUCAAAAAAUCUAGGGCACUGAAUUCAUGAUGCUUCACAUAUCAGGAGAAACAAUUAGCCUCUAUUCUUUCUCUUACCACCACCUCUCUACUGUCAUCUCAAACAAAAGAUAGAGAAAAAGGGCCGUGGCUCUCCACCACUGUGGUAUAUAACUGCCAAUGAGCUGGAUUCUGUGUCAUUAUACAUGAGAGGAAGGCUGACAUUGGAGAAGGUCAAUGCAACUUAUGCUGAAGCAAAUGCUCAUCUUAUUACGGCUCAAAAGAAGAAGCUGGCAGAAAAUCUCUGGGACAAAGCCCUGCACUGGCUGAUUGUCCCUAGGUGGUUGAAGCAGAGAUCUGGGAUCAAAUCCCACAUCAAGGUUGCAAGAGUAUGUUAUGGGGAUGGAGUACCACCAUAUUAUGCAAGCUAUUGCUGAAUUCUAUCCCAAAAAAAGUAGGAGCAGUAGCCUCCUGUCCCGGCAUCCAACACCUUGACCUUUCCCUGCAGUGUGUAGGAAGGAGGUGCUGAUAUAACAUAAUCUCACAACUAAAAUCCAAGAUGGGAACGUGUAUUCCUUUUCUCGAGAAACUGGCUUAUACUUGAGCUAGCUAAGGGAUAUUGCAAUGACAGAAGCCGUAACAGGAAAACCCUUUUUUCUUGAAAAUGACAUAAAAGGACCAGCACUGAAGCUUGACAAUACUGGAAAAGCAAUACUGACCGUCCUUCGUCCUCUGGGCUGCUUAAGUGAGACUCAGAUUGGGCAUCACCGUGUGAUUAUUCUUUUGAAGCCUCAAUGAAACCUUGCUUCCCAAAGAACCUCAUGUUUACAAGCUUAUAAUAUUUUCCUAUAUUUCUUUCAAAGAAGAUUGUAAGCCAUCACCUGGCAUGAGUGUAUAUGUUCUUACUUUCAAGGUUUACAAGUAUAGUAAAGACUAAGGAGGAUAACAUUGGCUUUUCAAAGGUGAACUCAGUAAGGAUUAUAAAUUCUACUUUGAAGGUUUUUUGGAAAA